AAAUGAUAUGUUGUAUGCUUAUGAGUUCAGCCCAUAGACAGUAAAAGAAAGCCGUAGCUGUUUCUUCUUCUUUCAAUUUUUUUUGGCGGUUGGAAACUAACUUUAUUAAUGCAUUAACGCCACCUUCUGGACUCGUUUACCGUAGCUGGUUAUCCUCAGACAUGCUCUAAAACUCUUUAGAUACGGAAUUUUCCGAAAGUCAAUGGGAGAAAUGAUUUUGGUGCCGGAAUUUACUUCCGGCACCAAAGCUCUCUCGGGCUGUGGGUGGGACUGAUGCUCUAUACCGCAAAUGAACUGUUGGGUGAUAGACGUGGCUGUUGACCAAUCAGCGCAUAGACACGCCUCCUCCUCGCGAUUCUGAUUGGAUGUUCGACCCGUACUAAUACCGCGCCGCUUACUUCCGUACUCUCUUUCUUUCACGCGUCCUGAUCGUAAGAUUUUUCAGUCUUGUCUUUAAACCGGCUGUUCACCGAUCCUUGGAAGCACUGUCAAGAUGCCCAGGGAAGACAGGACCACGUGGAAGUCCAACUAUUUCCUGAAGAUCAUCCAACUGCUGGAUGACUUCCCCAAGUGUUUCAUCGUGGGCGCAGACAAUGUCGGCUCCAAGCAGAUGCAGACCAUCCGUCUGUCCCUGCGGGGCAAGGCCGUCGUGCUCAUGGGCAAAAACACCAUGAUGAGGAAGGCCAUCCGCGGCCACCUGGAGAACAACCCGUCUCUGGAGAGGCUGCUCCCUCACAUCCGUGGGAACGUGGGCUUCGUCUUCACCAAGGAGGAUCUGACUGAGAUCCGGGAUCUGCUGCUGGCAAACAAAGUGCCCGCUGCUGCCCGUGCUGGAGCCAUCGCCCCGUGUGAGGUGACCGUCCCGGCUCAGAACACCGGACUCGGUCCGGAGAAGACCUCCUUCUUCCAGGCUUUGGGAAUCACCACCAAGAUCUCCAGAGGAACCAUUGAGAUCCUGAGCGACGUUCAGCUGAUCAAACCUGGAGACAAGGUGGGCGCCAGCGAGGCCACGCUGCUCAACAUGCUGAACAUCUCGCCCUUCUCUUUCGGGCUGAUCAUCCAGCAGGUGUAUGAUAACGGCAGCGUCUACAGCCCCGAGGUGCUGGACAUCACUGAAGACGCCCUGCACAAGAGGUUCCUGGAGGGUGUGAGGAACAUCGCCAGUGUGUGUCUGCAGAUCGGAUACCCGACGCUCGCCUCCAUCCCUCACUCCAUCAUCAACGGAUACAAGAGGGUCCUGUCUGUCGCUGUGGAAACGGAUUACUCCUUCCCAUUGGCUGAGAAGGUCAAGGCCUAUCUGGCUGAUCCCACUGCUUUCGCUGUCGCUGCUCCGACUGCUUCGGCUGCGGUGGAGAAAUCUGCAGCUCCUGCGGCUAAAGAGGAGGCUCCCAAAGAGGAGUCCGAGGAGUCUGACGAUGACAUGGGCUUCGGCCUGUUUGAUUAAACUGCUGUCAACAUCAGCGUCAGUUUUACAUCAAUAAAACAUCUGGAAACAUCA